CUCUGUUCUCUCCGCUUCAGAAGAUCGAAAUUCUUGGGCGGGAAGCCGAUUCAAAGAAGUUUUUGUUACCAUGCUAACUAGCGUUGUUCCGAUUCACGCGCCGCCGGUCUUGACCUCCGCGGCCUCCUCCAUAACCAGAAGCAUUCACAAGCUCUCCACUGUCACCGCUUCUUGGAGAAUUUCGAUGAAUUAUGGGUCUUCCCUUACCAAGAAGAGGGAAGAGCUUUCGCUACGCAUACACCACCCCGCAGCUUUUGAUCCAAAAGGGAACGCGCCCAAGCUGUCUGAUCUGGACCGCCUGCAGAUACCCGAGCAGGAGUUGUUGGACAUUAACAAGAUGGAGUUCGGGCAUUCGUUGCUAGAGAGGCUUUAAUUGAUGAAGAAUACUGGGUAAAGCCCUCUUUCUAUUUCUAUCCAUCGUUUCCCUGUUGAUUCCCCGUCUGGGUUCUGCUGCAAUUGAGGUUCCUUCAUCUGGGUUCUGUUUGUUUUUUGGAAGGAAGCCUUCAGAAUCAUCUUGUUAUCCCUCGCACUUCUUGUUUCGAUUCUUGACCACAGUAUCAUGAUGUGAUCAUGGGCCAUUACAGUUAAUCUGAUGCUAAGCAAAGACUCCAACGUUUGCUUCUUGUAAUUGCCCGCAGAUGGCAGCCUUCAUGCGAGCUUUUUGCCACUGGGCGGAUCUAGAUGAAUACAGAUUUGCUCAUAGGGGGAAGCGGACUUCUAUGAUGCAGGUGGUAUUUGUGGACUUUUCUUUACUCUUCUUCAAUUGGCUUCUUCUGGUAUAAACAAGGAUUCCACUGAAUUAUCUAUUUACUGGCUCUAUUUCCUUAAUUGGUGGCAGGAGUUCCUAGCCAUUAGAAAGCAAUUCAUUGGUCCAUUUGGCCAACAGUACAAGUGCAUAAUCACAGUACGUGCUUCCGUCGUCUAUAGUUUUAUAUCUUUGCAUAGCAUCAUGAGGGGAAAACGUUACAAAGUCAUCCUCGUUGUUUCUUUUCUUAGCUGAGAAAGCAAGGUGUGAUGGUGAAACCCACAAUACGGAAGAGUGUGGUAGGGACUCUGGACUUGAGCAUCCGCUGGUUGCUGUCUGGAGAGAUCUUCCCUGGGGUAUAUGGAAAGGCUCCUUACUUCUGCAACAUUGACGAAGGAAGGGAAGACAAAUACGGUUAUGUCUCUAACUUGGUGGUCGCGAUGUUUGCUCGUCGUCAGGGGAUAGCAACUAACAUGAUGUCGAUUACAAUUGAAACAGCCAAAUCUAAUGGUGUGGAAGUUAUGUACGUUCAUGUGGAUAGAAACAAAAAACCUGCACUUCAACUUUAUGAGAAGAUGGGAUUCGAGUUCUCCCUCGAAAAAAUUCCCAUUUCAUCCAUGGAUCCAGAAGCAGCAAAGACAGCACGCGAAUCUCUGGAAUUGUCGUUCCAGAUGUCCAACAUUCUCGACACGGGGCUUGACCGCCACACGCUCUCGGUGCUGAUCGCCCUCUGCGACCUUGGACUGAACCCCGAGGCACUGGCUGCUGUUGUGAAAGAGCUACGGACAGAAGCUCUGUCUUCUCCACCCCCACCUCCUGCAUCAUCAUCAUCAUCAUCAUCCUGAUUGUCGUUUCACUUCGUCUCCCCUCAGCGAAACAACAUCUCCAGUAUUUGUAGUUAGUUCCUUGGCUCCUGUCUCUUGUCUCAUCCCCUUAAGUGGCCUCAUUUCUGCAAACCGUUCAGAGUGACUGAGAUUUGUUGCGUAAAGAAUGCGAAACUGCCUACUGUGUGAGAGUUUAGCUAUACAGUCGUGUGUUAGAUUGUUAGCGUGGGGAGUCGAUUGAACAGAUGCCAGAGACUCAUUGUGCUGAUGCACGAAAUGAGAUGGACAGAAGAAGUCCACAAGGGGCAAGAUAUUGAUGCAGCGAUACGAGUAUUACGAGACUAGCAUUCUUUCGAACCGAAAGGGGCUAAAAGAGUGGUGUACUGGACUCAAGUUCUUAUUCAUUCAUGCCUCUUGCAGCAUUGUAAGGGCUAGAAAGGAGCAUGAGAACCUUCGAAUACAAGGCUGUGUAGUCCCAGCCGUUCUCUGCUGCAAAUUUAGCAGCCUCCUUCUGCAACAGCAUCCUUCCCUAGCUGGAAAACGGAUGGUUAUCAAAUCUUUAGGACUUGGUGCGGAAAGUAAUCCUUACGUGCUGGGCCGUCUCACUGGCCCGUAGGCUUUAGCCACAAAACAAAUUUUAUGGGCCUUUUGUACAUACAUGGACCUUCGGGCCCAACAUCAUCCCAAUCAGUUUCUAUAUUCGAAAAGGGAAUUUUUGGUAAUAAUAUAUUUUUUACUUUCUGCAGUUUGCAAAACGGAAAAGGAAAAACCAGAAGUCCUAUAUAAAACGGUGCGUAUGUCCCUGCCGUCUGCCUCCUUCAGCAAGCCAAGAUCGAAGGAGAAAGAAAAAAACUAAAAUAAAAAUAAAAACAAAAUUCUCUGGAACACAGUUCAGAAGCCUAUAGGCUGGAAGCCUUCACAAAUCACAAGCUUUCUUCUUCAAUCGCCAGUCUCCAAGAACUGGUUCUCUGGUUACCAAAUCCUGAAGCAAAAGAUUUUUUUUGGAAGAGAUAAAAAGCCCCUCUCGCCGGCCGCGAAUUUCUCUUCGAAGUUCGCCCAAGCCCAACCAACCAUGAUGCUCAGAAUCCGCAGCCGGGACGGCCUGGAGCGGGUCUCCGUCGACGCCUCCUGCACCACCGUCGGCCACCUCAAAACCCUAAUUCAGUCCCAGCUCCAAAUCCCCAUCCACAACCAAACCCUCUCCACCAACCAGAACCUCCUGCUCGCCAAAUCCCCCGCCGAUCUCCUCAAGCUCGCCGACAUGGCCGACCCGGCCACGCCGCUCUCCGCGCUCAACCUAGCCCACGGCUCCAUCGUGUUUCUGGCCUACGAGGGCGAGAGGAGCAUCGCCGGGCCCGCGGUCUCCCCCGCCGGAUCCUUCGGCCGCAAGAUGACCAUGGACGAUCUGAUCGCCAAGCAGAUGCGGGUCUCCAGGCAGGAGAACCCGCAUUGCGAGUCGGUUUCCUUCGAUCGAGACUCCGCCAAUGCGUUCCAGCACUAUGUCAACGAGACCCUCGCCUUCGCGGUGAAGAGGGGCGGGUUUAUGUACGGGACCGUCUCCGAGGAGGGGAAAGUGGAGGUGGAUUUCAUAUACGAGCCGCCUCAGCAAGGGACCGAGGAAGCUCUGUUGCUUUUGAGGGAUUCCGGUGAAGAAAAAGCUGUGGAUGCUAUUGCGUCAGGGUUGGGGAUGAGGAGGGUUGGGUUCAUAUUCACGCAGACCAUAGCGCAGGAUAAGAAAGAUUACACUUUGUCUAAUAGAGAGAUUCUGCAGGCCGCCGAGCUCCAUGCCGAGAGUGAGUUGAAGGAGUGGGUAACUGCGGUGGUGAAGUUGGAGGUGAACGAGGAUGGUGGUGCGGAUGUUCACUUUGAAGCCUUCCAGCUUAGUGAUACGUGCGUCAAGCUAUUCAAGGAAGGGUGGUUUGAGACUGAGAUUGGGCAGGAUGUGGAUCCCAAGUUAUCCAUCAUGAAGAAGGAUGUUGUUGUGGGCGUGAAAGAUGUCAAGGAGGUCGACAACGAUUUCUUCUUGGUUGUGGUCAAGAUUUUGGAUCACAUGGGUCCUCUUACAUCAACAUUCCCUAUUGAGAACAGGGCCACCCAAGUGACAAUGAGGGCACUGAAGAAUCACCUCGAACGCGCAAGGAGCCUUCCAUUCGUGAAGAGGAUAUCUGACUUCCAUCUGAUGCUAUUCCUGGCUAGGUUUCUAGACCUCAAUUCCGAUGUCCCUGCACUUGCAGAGUGUGUCCUAACACAGACGACUGUGGCAGAAGGUUACCAGAUCCUAAUUGAAUCCAUGGCCAGCACUGCUUGAUCCCCCCCUCUCGUCUACAACUGGGAUCGCAGAACCCCCGUUUGCUUAAUCGAGGCCACGAACCAUUGUACAUCACUGUUUCUUCUCUGUGAUGAUGAUCAUUUGCAAUAGGAAGGGGCAUUUCGUUGCCUGGGAAAUUGAUUAUGUCCAUAUGUACUCAGUACUUAACAGUCUAUUUAUGAGCAUACUUCUACUAGCGUCUUUCUCAAUCGCUUUAGUUACUUUCGGUUCAUUCGUGUGUUUGAUUUUAUGAUGAAUCCUAGCUUGUUCUGAAGUUCAAUGUUCAUCUUAAUUGAGAAUAGUCGACUGGUUGCAACUUGCAAGCCACUCAAUCGUGUGCCUUCUUCUUCUUCUUUGAUACAUCACGAUUCCUUUACAUGGGUUGUCAUGUGAAAUUAAAAAUUUCCCAAAC